GUGUUAUUUACACAUCGUCUUCGACAGCGUGCUCUUUCGAUCUGUACCUGACCGGCCAUACAUCGCCCAGAUAUGGAAGCCCUGCGGGAAAUAACUCCCUUUCUGAGUAAAUCCGCCCGAUUGGACCUGAAGGCGGUUUCGUUGACGCAUGUCCUUGGGCUUACCGGUUCGAAGGACGGCAUAUCGUUGAUCUGUCAGUGUACGGAACUGCUGGCGAAUUUGGUUGACCUGUGCGCCGAUGAAGCCGAUACCAUUAGGAAAGAUGCCGUUCUUACGUUGGUAAAUCUUUCCGCCGAACAGGAUGGAGCUGAGGCGCUGGUAAAACAGUUCGCCGGUAAAAUUGUACCUAUGGCGUAUGCGGGCAUCAUGGACGAAAAUUGCAAACUAGCCGAUCCUUGGAGUAUGGUAUUAUGCAACAUAAGCCGUCCAGAGACCCUGGUAGAAUCGGUUUUGGAAGAACUUCUCAAGCACGAGGAACAUGCCAUCGAGAAAUUGACAACCUGCUUCACCCGCGUCAGCUACAACAAACAGAAAGGUCACCUCAACUACUUGGGUCCGUUGUUCAGUAAUCUAUCGCAGACCAAGCGAGGUCGUGAAAUCAUUUGCAACGAAAGCACUGAUCUGCUCGCCCGGAUCCUGCCGUUCGUACAUCACGAAGGCAGCAUAGUCCGUCGAGGGGGUGCUGUUGGACUGCUUAAAAACAUUUGCUUCGAUUCAUCGGUACACGAUUGGUUGCUGGGUGGAACGGUGGACGUUUUGCCCUUUAUUCUGCUGCCACUGGCAGGGCCCGAAGAGCUCGACGAUGACACAAACGACAAACUGCCGGUUGAGUUGCAAUACUUGGGACCGGACAAGAAGCGUGAAGAGGAUCCGGACAUAAGAAAGAUGCUGCUGGAAUCGUUGGCCCAACUGUGCGCUACCCGCAAAGGGCGGGAGUAUUUGCGGGAACGGGGAACGUACGAAGUGCUCCGGGAGCUGCACAAGUUCGAAUGCAGUCCGGACGGGGAAAAGCGGGUGCUGGUUACGUGCGAAAAUGUGGUGGAUAUUUUGAUUAGGACGGAGGACGAAAUUGGAGAAGAUAAUUUGAAGGCUUUGGAGAUUCCCGAGGAUGUGAUAUCGAAAAUCGAAAAGAUGGACGGUGGAAAUGAACAAUAAAGCUACAGGAAAACGA